AUGAUUCCAAAUUCCUCUCAUUCACCAAAAAUGACAGGAAUAAUAGGAAAUCAACAGCAACAACAGCAACAACAACAGAAUCAACAACAACAGCAACAGCAGAUUUAUGACGGUGUUUUAUAUUGCUGGGGUGAGAAGUACUCUAGUAAACCAUCGUUCAAUGCAGUGGUGCCAAAUAUAGUUUCUUUACAAUCGGGAUUCACUCACUCUUUGGCGUUGACACAGGAGGGCGAGGUCUACGCCUGGGGCGACAACAGAUCGUCGCAGCUCGGUGUGACAAACGAUGUACUGAAUCGCGUCAAUGUAGGUCGACCAAGAACAGUGACAGCAAGCGGAUCUUCAUCGCCAUUCACACAUUCACCCGUUCCAAUCUUGUUGUCGAUGUCGACUUUCGGUGGACAGCGCGUCAGGAUGAUUGCAGCCGGUGGAUGUUACUCUGCUGCAGUCCUCGAGAAUGGACUUUUAUAUACUUGGGGAACGCUCGACGAUACUCAAUCGAGCAAAUCACUGGCCACCCCAACCAAAGUAGAUUUACUAAAGGGUGUUAUUUGUGUUGCGCUCGGUCUCAAUCAUGUGGCGGUGGUGGCCGAGACCAACACACCAGAGAAGCGUGCUGUCUACACUUGGGGAUCGAAUCGUAAAGGACAACUGGGUGUGGUUGGUGACUCUAUUACUAGCGCGCCUAGAAAGGUGACGCUCGGAGCACGUGCACUCACUGUUUCGUGUGGUGAUGAAUUCACCGCGGCAAUUGUCGAGGGUAACGAAGUAUUUGUAUGGGGAAACAAUCGUGGCAGACAAAUUGCAUCUAAUAACACUGACGAUGUUUUAACGAUUCCCGUUAAACCGUUCUUGGGACGCGAUAUCGUUGAGCUGAGUUGUUCGCGAAACUAUAUUGCCGCGCGUUCCGGUGGCGGCGCCGUUUAUAUCUGGGGAAACAAUGAGCACGUUUGUCGUGCUGGAGACAAUGACAAGACGCACACCAUUCCAAGUGGUUGUCGCGUCAAGCAGAUAUCGGCUGGUUUGACACAUCUCUUGGCACUCACAGAGAAGGGCGAAGUCUAUGUUUUGGGUUCGGGCGACGACGGCCAACUCGGCGCACUCGAAGACAAAAAGUCGACUUCCACAUUCAAAAAGAUCGCAGCACUCGAGGGAAGAACAGCGCACUUUGUUCACGCAUGGGCACGUUGCAGCUCCGCCGUGUUGGAACCUGGCAAUUUCCGAGUGGAGAUAUCAGAGACUAUGCGAAGACAAGAGAAUCGCACGUCAAUCGCACCCUACUUCCUGCGAAGAUUGGUUCACUACAUAAGAGGCGAUAACUCCAAACAGGAAGGUAUAUUCCGUUUGUCAGGAUCGAAAGCAAGAGUCGACGAGUUGGAGCGACGUCUCGAUUUGAACGAGCAGUUUUCAAUCAGUGCUAAAUACGAGAUUUACGAUGCCGCCGACAAUAUGAAGCGAUACUUUAAGAGUUUGCCAGAGCCAAUCUGCACGAAUUCGUUGUGUGCGCGUUUCGAGCGUCAGAUUAUCAACACCGACGACCUCCAAGAAAAGAAGACGAUGAUUAAAGAAUGGAUCUCACUGCUACCCAAAGAAAACAGAGUGUUGUUGAUCUAUUUGCUUUCGUUCUUGGGUGAGGUGGUCGAGACACAGACCAAACACAUGGGUACCAAUGCGAUGGGUGCCAAGAAUCUGGCGCUGGUUUUCGCUCCAAACUUACUCACAAAAGGAGAGAUUGGAAAUGACGAUGUCAUCGAAGUUAUGAUCAACAUGUUUGAUGAAAUCAUUGCCGACUAUCCCGAGCUUGAAAGCAGCUUGAUCAUCGACCAAGCAGAGGAUGGAUUGGCGUAUCAAUCCGUUGCAAAAGUUCCCUAUAUAAUAGAGCUGUGGAGUCGCACAAUGGCUGCGCGUGAGUCAGCGAAACGUGCAUUCUUUGAGCCAGCGGUGUUGACGUUCAUUAUCGAUGCAAUCGUUGAAGGAUCUAUUGAGUCACGCGGUGGCAACGCCAAUAGAUCGCGAUCGUCUAGCUUCAAUCUUGGCAACGGCAACGGCGCCCCCGCCAACGGUUCUCUUAGCGCCUCAGGAAACACACCACCUUCACAGUCACCUAUGCACUCACCAAAGCGAGUGUCAUCCUCGCAAUACAAACCGAUCAAUGGAAACACCAGUCCUAUUCUCUACGGCUCACACUCGAGUCCACAACUCAUCUCAACUACACCACUUGUACAAUUUUCAACAUCACUCAACAGCUCAACAUCCGGUAUCUAUCACAGCAGCAACAGCAACAACCAACAUAUUUCACAGGCUGAAUUGCAGAGAAAUUAUGAACAGAUUCUCUCACUCGUAUUAUCACCCAUUAUAUCCAUCAAGAAUUUACUUAGAGUACUUCCAUCAAUCGUCGAAAUCGAUGUAAACUCACUUCUUAUUAAACUUUUAUUAGCCAACAAAUUUGUUAGAUGUAUUACAAAUAAUCUUUCGAAUACCAUGAAUGACUCGAUCAAUCAAAUCAAAGAUAUCGUUGAUAUCUCUCAGUACAACGAGAAGAUCAAACAACUCAAUUCGACAUUUGAAUCACUUACCUCCGAUGUAAUGUUCAUCGAAGAGACGCUCAGCAGAGCGCGACCGACUACGAAUCGCCAAAGAUCAAGUUGGAGUUUGAGAUGUGGUGUAUCAACAACCAGAUACUCACCGUCAUCGACAAGAUGGACUACAACUCGACGCAGAUGCACAGAUUCAUGCAAGACAAGACAGCACUGCAGUCGUGCGUCGACCAAUUCAAACCGCACUACCUGGUGGUCGAGGAUUUCGUGA